AGUGAUAUUAACACUUCGAAGCUUCUUCUUCCUUUAGUAAAUUCAAGUGUGAGGUGUGUUUAUUGAUAAAGUGCUCAUUUUCUCGGAUCUCAGAUCUUAGAUCCAAACCCUCAUUAUUUCAUUGAUCCAAGUGUUUGAUGUGUAGAUCUAAUAGCUUGAGCUUGCUGGGAUUUUAGUUAUGGCGAGACGGCAAGUAGGUUCAACAAGACGUGUUGGCGAUGGUGGAAGCUUCCCUUUUGCAGGAGCUUUACACUCAAAGUCUCGAUCUUCUCCACUACUAUCUAUUUGCCUUGUUCUUGUGGGGGCUUGUCUUCUCAUUGGUUAUGCUUACAGUGGUCCAGGUAUAUUUAAAAGUAUCAAAGAAGUUAGCAAAGUUACAGGUGACUAUUCUUGCACAGCAGAAGUCCAAAGAGCCAUUCCUGUACUUAAGAAGGCUUAUGGAGAUGGCAUGCGCAAAGUCUUGCAUGUGGGCCCUGACACAUGCUCAGUGGUUUCCAGUCUAUUGAAAGAAGAAGAGACUGAAGCAUGGGGUGUUGAACCAUAUGAUAUUGAGGAUGCAGAUUCUCACUGCAAGAGUUUUGUGAGCAAAGGUCUUGUACGUGUUGCUGAUAUCAAGUUUCCUCUGCCCUACCGGGCAAAAUCCUUCUCUCUUGUGAUUGUGUCAGAUGCUCUGGAUUAUCUCUCACCCAAGUACCUGAACAAGACCGUUCCUGAACUCGCAAGGGUGGCUUCAGACGGUGUGGUUCUUUUUGCAGGUCUCCCUGGUCAGCAGAGAGCUAAAGUUGCUGAACUCUCUAAAUUCGGCCGACCCGCUAAAAUGCGUAGCGCAUCGUGGUGGAACCGCUUUUUCGUCCAGACAAACUUAGAAGAAAACGAUGCACCAAGCAAGAAGUUCGAACAGGCUGUUUCCAAAGGAUUAUACAAACCAGCCUGCCAAGUCUUCCACCUCAAGCCAUUACAUUAACCAGCCACCACCAAAGCCUACUGGUUCCACACCAAAGCAUAUUUACACGUAGAGCCGCACGCGAAAAAAAAAAAUAGCGUAAUCGAUAUUUCUCCUUGUAUUUUGUAACAGGUCAGUUUUUAUCCUUCAAUGUUGUAUCCGCCAACACAAUUUUUCCUAUUCAAUUAAAUCAUAAUUAUUAUCACCAAU